CAACACAGAAUCUUCACAGUAUUCAAGCUUAUAAGAAACUGCUCCAAUAAACAUAAUGGAACAUCCAAAGCAGCUUCUUCCUGAUUUCAACAUGCGCUACCGUGGGAAACAAAAUGCCCCAAAGGAAAGAUCUGAUGCUGAGAAGGAUGACCUGCCUGAAUUUGAACCUUUUAAAGGAGCACUACCUCGUGGAUAUAUCACAUCAGAAGGGGUCUUGGAAUUGAGCCAAUUUGACCUGCACAAGCAUGACAAUGCUGUGAAACAUCGGACCAACAAAUUUAAACAUGCCGAUCUCAUCUUACGACGGGGUCAGACAUUCAGGAUGACCCUCUUUUUCAACCGUCCAUUCAAUCCCUCAGAGAUUGCUUUGUUGGAGUUUGAAAUGGGUAAAAACCCCCGCUCUGACAAGGCUACCUAUAACAUUGUGCUUCUAAAUACCAAGUGUCCAUAUCCAGAACAUCGUGUAUGUCAGUGGAAGAGAGACAUCGAGGUGACCGGUGACAUGACAGGUAACAAAAUGACUGUGGACAUAACACCUCCAGCAAACUGCAUUGUCGGAAAGUAUCACAUCUUUCUGACUGUGUUUGCACCUUCUCAACAACGGAGAGACCUCAACACAGACAUUCAUCUCCUGUUCAAUCCAUGGUGCUCAUCUGAUGACGUCUUCUUGAAUGAUGAAAAUCAGCUGAGUGAGUACGUUCUCAAUGAUAGAGGAACAAUCUUCAAUGGAAAGACUGACCAUGUAUCCAGCAGGCCAUGGGACUUCGGUCUGCAGUUCAAACCUGGUGUUCUGGAUGCCUGUUUCCAUCUCUUGAACAAGACAGAAAUGCUGUUGGAUAAUAGAAAAAGUGUUGAGUUGGUGGCACGGAGACUUUCUGCAAAGGUGAAUGCCCUGGAUGACAAUGGGGUGUUGGUGGGUAACUGGUCUGGAGACUAUGCCAAUGGCACUCCUCCCGCCGCAUGGACUGGCAGCGCAGAAAUACUUCUCCACUAUUGGAGGAAUAGUGCACCCGUGUCUUAUGCACAGUGUUGGGUGUAUGCUGGUGUGUUGAAUACCGUGUUUCGUUGUCUGGGGAUCCCAUCCAGGGUGGUCACCAACUUCAACUCUGCCCAUGACACCAAUGGAAAUUUAACAAUUGACAUCUUUGUGGAUGAAAAUGGGUCAAUGAACAAUGACUACACUGAGGACUCAGUGUGGAAUUACCACUGCUGGACUGAGGCCUGGAUGAAAAGGACGGACUUGAAUGCCAAAUAUUGGGGCUGGCAGGUAGUGGAUGCCACGCCUCAAGAAACCAGUGAAAGACUCUAUCAAUGUGGCCCAACCUCAGUUAGCGCCAUCAGAGAAGGGUAUCUGUGUGACCAAUAUGAUGGCCAAUUUGUGUUUGCUGAGGUGAACGGUGAUGUAGAAAUUAUAAUGAUUGACCAGAUUGGACUGUCGAGGGUUGUACACGUUAACAGAGACUAUGUAGGGGCGAAGAUCGUAACAAAAGCAGUUGGUUCACAUAUUUUGGAAGACAUCAAGGGUAACUACAAACAUAUAGAGGGAUCUUCAUUAGAAUCGGCCAUGGAACAAGCAGUAAACUUCGGUUGUGUAAGAAGCCGUUCGUUCUUUCAGGAAACUGAUGUGGAUAUUAAGUUGAUGGCACCUGCUGUGCAGCUGGGACAAAAUGUCUACCUGACCCUUGAAGUUCAGAACAAAAGUUUGGAACAGCGAACUGUACAACUUACAGUAACCUGCCGUGUUACCUACUACACUGGUGUAAACUAUCGUACCUUCAAGGAGGAGCGAAGGACUGUUUCCCUGGGGGCAUCAAUGACUGAAAAGGUGAAUAUAGAGAUACUGGCAAAUGAAUACAUGGAUCAUAUGGUGGAUCAAGGCAGCCUCAAAUUCAUUUGUGUGGGGAAAGCCCAAGAAAACAAUCAGGUCUUGGUUGCUGGCAAAGUGGUCUUGUUGGAAGUCCCCAUUCUAAGUUUGAAGCUGCAUGGAGAGGUAAAGGUGAACCAUGAGAUGCCUGUCACCUUGGAGUUCACCAACAUCUUCAAUUUUGUCCUGGCACAUGUGAAUUUGCGCAUGGAGGGCCCUGGUGAGAUGGGAUUCAAGAGGAAAUAUUACGAAUAUAUUGCCCCUGGCGCCUCCUUAACAUGGACUGAGUCAUUUGUCCCUGACAUGCCAGGAACAGGAGGAGUGGUAGGCAGUCUGAACUGUCGCAAGCUCACACACGUCUACGGCGAGCUUGACUUCGACGCCCAGCCCUAAAAACAACAAUCAAAGAAGAUCCCCUUUUACUCGUAGCAAGCAAUAUGAUAAAAAUCAGAGAGUCUGUCUCUUCCAAAUGCUGUUAAUGAAAUAAAUAGUUGAGUUAAUUGCUUAGUGCAUAAUGUUGUAGUUGUGUUAGUGCAUUUCUCAGAUGAGAAUUGAAAUAGUCAAAACUGCUUGUUCAAACUUGUCACUUCAGUCAUCUUGUCACUUGUGCACAUCAUAAAUGUAAUUCUUAUUAAUUCAAACAGCACAUGCUUUAAUACAUCCAUGCACUUGAUUGUGUACAACUGUCGGCUGUUUUCUAUUAUCAUUAUUUUCAAUUGCAAAUAUCAUGUUAAUAAUAAUAAUGCUAAUAAUAAGCCUUAACAGUAAGUCUGAUGUCACAUUUCUGUAGCAACUGAAUUGCAGUUCUAAAUAAACCAGGUGAAUACUAACAAGGUGAA